AUGACUGAUGAUGAGCUGUCUGCCUUGGUGGUAGAUAAUGGGUCAGGGAUGUGCAAGGCAGGUUUUGGUGGUGACGAUGCCCCCCGGGCUGUCUUCCCCUCCAUGGUAGGGCGCCCCCGGCACCAGGGGGUCAUGGUAGGCAUGGGUCAGAAGGACUGCUAUGUGGGGGAUGAGGCUCAGAGCAAGAGAGGCAUCCUGACCCUGAAGUAUCCCAUUGAGCAUGGAGUAGUCACCAACUGGGACGAUAUGGAGAAGAUCUGGCACCACACUUUCUACAACGAGCUCCGUGUGGCACCGGAUGAGCAUCCCAUCCUCCUCACCGAGGCACCCCUCAACCCCAAGAUCAACCGGGAAAAGAUGACUCAGAUCAUGUUUGAGGCCUUCAAUACACCAGCCAUGUAUGUAGCUAUCCAGGCUGUGCUGUCUCUCUAUGCCUCGGGGAGAACCACAGGCAUCGUGAUGGAUUCUGGUGAUGGAGUUACUCACACCGUGCCCAUCUAUGAAGGUUAUGCCCUACCUCAUGCCAUUCUACGUCUAGAUCUGGCUGGCAGAGACCUGACUGACUACCUCAUGAAGAUUCUGACAGAACGAGGCUACAACUUCACCACCACAGCCGAGCGGGAGAUUGUCCGUGAUGUCAAAGAGAAACUGUGCUAUGUGGCCCUGGACUUUGAGCAAGAGAUGGUCAGUGCUUCUGCAUCCUCCUCACUGGAAAGAAGCUAUGAGCUUCCUGAUGGGCAAGUGAUCACCAUUGGGAACGAACGUUUUCGAUGCCCUGAAUCCAUUUUCCAGCCUUCCUUUUUGGGCAUUGAGUCCAGUGGGAUCCAUGAGACAACCUUCAAUUCUAUCAUGAAGUGUGAUGUGGAUAUUCGCAAGGAUCUAUAUGCCAACACUGUCUUGUCUGGAGGCAGCACAAUGUACCCUGGCAUUGCUGACCGAAUGCAGAAGGAAAUCGUAACCCUGGCACCUAGCACAAUGAAAAUCAAGAUCAUAGCUCCCCCAGAGAGGAAGUAUUCCGUUUGGAUUGGGGGUUCCAUUCUGGCCAGCCUGUCUACAUUCCAGCAAAUGUGGAUCAGUAAGCAGGAAUAUGAUGAGGCUGGUCCUCCCAUAGUUCAUAGAAAAUGUUUCUGA